GUGAAUUUGAACAUGGAUGAAUUUAAAACUAAUACAUAUCAGAGUGUUAUGUUUUGCUAUGGGAUUCUAUGUGUCUGAUUCCUGUACCAAUGCCAAUAAAGCGGUAAAAAGCACAAUACAAAUAUUAUCAGGCCCUGGAGCUACUGUACCCAACUACUACUGCACAGGAGAAGAGAACAUUGCAGGUUUUAUUGGAGAUCUUCUAUCGGUAACAACUAUUCCCAUAGCACAACUACUGAAUCUUUAUGGAUACACACAGAUCAGUUAUGGAGCUACAGAUCCACUGCUCAGUGACAGAACCCUGUAUCCAUAUCUUCUCCGGACAUCACAUAGUGACCAUGUCUACUUUUCUGCUAUUAUAAGACUAUUGAAGCAUUUUUCAUGGAGUUGGGUUGGAAUUGUAACCAGCGCAGAUAACAGUGGAAUCAAGGAGAGUGAAUCUCUGUCCACAUUUCUUCAUAGUCAAGACAUCUGUGUGGAGUUUAUCGCUACAAUCUUUUCUUUAACAACUAUUUAUGGUGAUAUAAAUAUCAAAAAAAUUCUAAACAUAAAUGAAAAAAACAAGAAAAUAAUUUCGAGCUCGUCCUCUAAUAUUAUUCUCAUAUGUGGAACGCUUUCUUUCUAUAUAGCUGACUUUUUACAGCUGCCCGAUUAUGUUCUGAAGACAAAGACUUUCAUCCUUCCACCCAGCUGGUUCACCAAUAAUGAAAUAUUAGAACAAUGUUUUCAGGCUUUUAACUCUUGUCUGGGAUUUUUUUACUAUAUGAAGGCUUAUAUAGAAUAUAAUGGACAUAAAGAAUUAUUGAUAAAUCCAUAUCAUACAGAGAAAAUUAAGCAAUUUCUUAAGAACCUCCAUCCUGGUAAUUUUCCAGAUAAUAAGAUGCUUGAGGAUAUAUGGAUGACACAUGCUUUGUGCUUGUCGACAAAUGAAGAAAAGAAUAGACUAUUUGAAAAAUUAUUUAAUGUAAAACUUCAUAAUUGUUCAAAUGAAGAAAACAUAAUAGGAUUCCCAUAUACGUUAUUCACUAUAGUCUCUCCUGUUGUCUACAAUGCAUUACUUAGCAUGGCUUAUGCCCUGGAUGCUAUGAUUAAAUUCAUGGGAAAAGAUUUUUAUAAGAAUAAAAUAAAUAGUCAUAAAUACAGACAUAAGGUACCAAGAUCUCAAUGUUCAGAGAAUUGUCCACCUGGAAGCAGAAAGAUCAAGAAUAAUAAGAAGCCAAUCUGCUGUUAUGACUGUGUAAUGUGCUCUGAAGGAGAAAUAUCCAAUAUCACUGAUAGUGAAAAUUGCAUAAAAUGUUUACCUUCAGAAUGGUCAAGCAAUAAAAGAGAUCGAUGUCUUCCCAAACUUGAAGAAUUCCUCGCCUAUUCUGACAGGCUCGCUAUAACAUUAUUGACCUUUGCUCUUCUUUUUUGGACAUUAUCUGUUCUGAUAUUGGGAAUUUUUGUCUCACAUAAAGACACCCCAAUUGUGAAGGCAAAUAACAUGGACCUGAGCUUCAUCCUUCUCAUCUCACUCUCAUUCUGCUUUCUCUGUGUGUUUUUAUUUGUUGGUCGUCCUGUUCACAUAAUUUGCAAAUUUCGACAAAUAGUUUUUGGCAUCAUCUUCUCCAUCUCCGUGUCUUCUAUUUUGGCAAAAACCAUCAUGGUCUAUACGGCUUUUAAAACAUCCAGACCUGGAAGUCCAUGGAGAAAACUAAUGGGAAAGAAAAUGUCCACAUGUAUAGUGGUGUUGGCCUCAUCCAUUGAAGUUAUUAUCAGCAUUAUUUGGCUAUACUUCUCUCCCCCAUAUCUGGAGCAGGACACACAUUCCUAUCAGAGAAGGAUCAUCAUUCAGUGCAAUGAGGGAUCUCAUGUCGGUUUCUUUGCUGUUCUAGGUUAUUUAUUUUUCCUGGCAGCUAUAAGUUUUACUGUAGCUUAUUUGGCCAGAACAUUACCAGAUCGAUUUAAUGAAGCCAAGUACAUCACGUUCAGUAUGCUGGUGUUCUGUAGUGUCUGGAUUACUAUGGUACCUUCCUACCUGAGCACCAAAGGGAAAAACAUGGUGGCUGUACACAUUUUUUCAGUAUUGGCUUCAAGUGCUGGACUUUUAGGUUUUAUAUUUUUCCCUAAGUGCUACAUUAUUUUGCUCAAGCCUGAAAUGAAUGCAAGAAGACACCUGCAAAAAAAAGUACUGCGUCACAACAAAUUGUUUGUCAAACAGGAGAAGUGUGUCUUUGGUGUCAAAGAGGUUCAGAAGAACCUGAGAAAUGCCCAAGAACUGCAAAGAAAAUCUGCCAACAAGAGACAUACCUGUGGCAUAAAAUUUAAAGUUGGUGACAAAGUGUGGUUAUCUACAAACAAUCUUCGUCUCAAGGUUCCAUCAAAAAAGUUGGCUUCUAGGUUCAUUGGACCUCGUGAGGUUUAUAAUGUGUUCCACUGCUCUUUGUUAAAACUGUAUUCUCCUACUCUGUCUCCCGUCUCAGUGCCACCUCCUCCAGUUGAGAUUGAUGGAAAACUGGAGUAUGAGCUGAGACAUUUCAUGAAAUUUGUCCGUUUUGAAAGAAACAUAAAGUUUGAGUUUAACAAUAAAGGUGAAAUAUCUGAGCCACUGAAAAUUUACAAUGAUUUUACUAUAGAACAUUUAAAUGAUACAAUGACCAAAUUUAAUAAAGAUGUUGGAACAUUUAAGGGAUCCCUUCCACAAGAUCGGCAGCUGAAUAUCACACCUUCCGACAUGGUCUGGAUUAAUAAUAAGGUUCCAAAAAGUCAAUGUUCAGAACAGUGUUCUCCAGGCUACAGAAAAGUAGUUAAGGAAGGAGCCCACAUUUGCUGUUAUGACUGUAUCUUAUGCUCCGAAGGACAAAUGUCCAAUAUGUCAGAUCUGGCAUCUACCACUCUUACAAAGCACCAUCUGCUGAAACUGCUCCUGGAGACCCUGAAAGCAAAGAAUCUACAGUUCAGGUGGCUAUACCCCUUUGACCUUAGUUUACUCUACAAAAGGAUAUUGGUGCUAAUUCAUACAUCUGAGGAUCUGGAGACGGCCUGGGAGAACCUUGGAGAAGUUGUAGAUAGAGCGGAUUCCAGUCCCUUACUGUUGCCGGUCCGUACCUAG